AUGGCUGCCGAACCUCCGACAACGGCUCUGCAAGGACCAGGCAGUGAAUGGCGCAGCUUCGUCCCAGCGGGCCCCAGACACGAGAUCAUCGCCCCUCACGAGCUGGCGGCUGACGCUGCGCUGGUAGACGUUUCCGUGGGCCCGUCGCCCUGCCCGGCACUGUGGCAGCCCUUUCUGGAACGACCCCCGGCCGGGGCACGUGGUGCAGAGCGUCGAUUUGCACCGCGGUGGCUCUCCUCACAAAGGAGGCAGUUCGAGCACAGAGACAUUGGGCAUGGCGUGGGAAUUUGGCAGUCCACUUUCCACGGCGACAUCGCGCACAUCUUUCGACAGGGUCGACGAGUGCGCUACAUGCCCAAUGAGCUGCCAGAGGACGUUUCUUUGCCGCGACUCGCGGCGACGACUUGGAGACCGGAGGCGCCGGAAGCGAGCUCAGCUGACUGCGCCAUUUGCCUGGCCGCCCUGGAGCCUGGAUGCAAAGUAUCUUCCCUCCCAUGCCGUCACGUCUUCCAUGUGGAGUGCAUCGAGAGAUGGAUGCUCCAAGCUGCUCGCGUGAACCGGGCCCUUUGCUGCCCGCUUUGCAGAACCCAGGUCCCGGAAAGUCCCAAGGGCGCCGAGGGGCUCUGA